AUGGCAGCUGUCGACCCGACGUACCCGCUCUACCCCGUCGCUUCCAUCCUAGCCUCGGCGAUGCUGUUUCUUGUACUGCUGACGAGCUUCGUCCGCCAAACGUGGAACCUCGGCGUCACCUUCUUGUCUUUCUGGCUCUUCUGGGAGAACCUCGCGCAGGGCAUUGAUACCAUCAUAUGGUCUGAUAACGCCGACGUGAAACUCUACGUCUACUGCGACAUCGUCUCGCACUUGCAGAUGCUCGCCUUCGUUGUCAAACCUAUGGCCACGUUGAUUAUCACCCGCCGAUUAUAUUUGAUCACUAACCGACGUGGUGUAUACCUUACUACAAAGUCUGCGAGGCGCAGGAAUAUAGCAAUAGAGUGGACGCUCGGUCUCGGGAUCCCUCUUCUCGUCGCAGGACCUUUCUACUACGUAGUUCAGUGGUCUCGAUUCGAGAUCGUUGGGGGUUUUGGCUGCAACAACUCCCCAGACGCCUCGAUACUCGCCAUCUUGCUCAUCAAGUCAUGGACUGUGAUCCCUUCUCUGGUAUCCAUCAUCGUUUACUUCCCCCAUGUCGCUCGUGUCUUCUAUCGUCAUAACCGGGAGAUCAACCACUUCCUACGUAGCAACGACUCGGUCUCCCGCACAAAUUACUUUCGCAUCUUUGCUCUUGCGAGCAUCGAUGUCCUGCUUACCCUGCCCAUAGGCAUCGCGACGAUCGUCAUAUCCGUGGAAGAUAUGCUGUCAUUCGGUCCCAUGCCAUUCUACUUCGGCUGGAACGUUGACCAUACGGACUGGCAGCCGCCCAGCAUCACCUAUGAUGCUCUAGUGUCAGAAGGGACUUUCAGUGUAGCAGAACACUACUUCGGUUACUGGACAUCUCCUGUCCUCGCUUUCGUUAUCUUUGGUCUUUUCGGCGUCACACCUGAGGCCCGUGCGUCGUACUGGCGCAUCGUUUGCACCGUUAGUGGUUGGCUCGGCUGGAAACCGACUUCUCGCGCACGCAGGGGGCCAUUAUCGCUCGGAGACAUCGAGUUCGGAGAACGGCCUCUGCAGGAUUCGCUGUCGCUGGGUCUCAAAUCGCAACCGAGCUCAAUCGAACCUCACGCCCACGCACAAUGCCAUGUCGUGGAGAUAGAAGGUUUUGGGAGCGAACUGGAGAAUGGGUCAGAUAAGGACGUGGUAGAAGAUAGGCACGGGGACGCAAGCAAUGCGACGCUCGCAAUGCCCAGCGCAACCUUCCAGGGCAAACCAGCCUGA